CAAUUCAAUCCUCUUUCUCCUCUGCUUCUUUUGCCAUGUCUACACCAGCGGAAUACUACCGAUCUCUACCUCCCGUGAGCAAGACCAUUCUAGCUGCCUGUUUGAUGACAACAAGUGCCUAUUACCUGCAACUUUUUGAUUACAUGAACAUUUCUCUGGAUUAUGGCCUUAUCUUUAAACAUUACCAGGUCUGGAGGCUAUUUACCAAUUUCCUAUUCCUCGGGCCCUUUUCACUCCCGUAUGCUAUGGAGAUUCUUAUAAUAGCAAAAUAUGGUGUGUCACUGGAGAAAGGACCCUUUGACAAGAGAACUGCAGACUAUGUGUGGAUGUUCAUCUUUGGAGCAAUGUCGCUUUUGGUGCUGUCUGCUGUUCCAUAUAUGCGACCUUAUUUUCUGGGGUCUUCUUUGGUUUUCAUGAUUGUCUAUGUUUGGUCUCGUGAGUUACCAGAUGCACGCAUUAACGUGUACGGGCUUGUUCAUUUCAAGGGAUUCUAUCUUCCCUACGUGAUGAUGGCUAUCGAUUUGUUGCUGGGGAACUCUUUGAGGUCAGCCAUAAGAGGGAUAAUUGUAGGACAUCUCUACUACUUCCUAACAGUGCUUUAUCCUCUUGCUGGUGGAAAUUUCACGCUCAAGACUCCUCUAUGGGUGCACAAAGUAGUAGCCUACUGGGGUGAGGGAACACAGAUCAAUGCUCCAGUGCAGAGCAGUCCAUACGCAGGAGUUGUAUUCCAAGGAAGAAGCUACCGACUCAACGGAAAUACUCGAAGAGCAACCACUCCGGAGCAGCAGCCACAAACAAACACCGUGCCGCAGCCUAAUCAAGGUGAAGGAGUGGCUUUUCGGGGAAGAAGCCAUCGACUCGACCGUUCUUAGUUAGUCUUUCAAGCUUAUGUACGAUUCCUAAUCACUAUGUAUCACAUCUAUUGACAUGCAAGUGAUAUUACCUUCCAUGGUUAAGGACUUGUCAUAUAAACACAUGCAUUAUUAUUACUGGAAUUACCAGAAAGAUGAGACAAUGUCUACAUCUCACCGAGC